UCGGUUGGAAAGGUAAAUUUGUCAAUUGCAGUCACGGCAAUUGGACACCGGCAGCAUCGCGAUGUUGGGCAAGAUGGGCUCCUCGGCUCAGGAGGGUGGUAAGAGGUGGUCAGACAGUGAGCCACUAUUGCCAUUUCUGCAGCGCAUCAAUCUCUUUGGUCACUUCCACAUCGCCACGCGCAGAAGUACAAUCUAUCCGGUGGACGAGAGGCGCAACAAGACCCUCGGAUCGCUGGGCGAGAGCAGGAGUGUGCAGAGUCUGAAGCAGUUCUGGAACAGUCAGAUUCUGUCGCGCGGAGCGCGCAGUGACGAGGAGAUCGGACGAUCGAGUGGGGAUUUGUCGGUGGGCCAGAAGGGCUCCACAUUCCGUCCCGUGGACAAUUUCAACAAGUACAAGACGGCCUCGACGGUGCAGCAGAAGAGGCAGACAAUAGACUCGGCGUAUCUGGCCAGGCCCUCCAUUGCAUUCGAGCGACUGCCGCAGAGCGGAGCGCCCGGCGCAAAGAUCCACUGGGCGCGACGCGAGGAGAUCUUCGAGGCGCGGCGCGUGAAGAUGGCCAGCAACACCACCACAGUCAUGAUCGGCGGCGAUGCGGGUGAGAGCGAUAAGGAGAAUUGCCUGGGGGAGGCCAGUGAUAAGAAAGAUAAGGCUGAGAGUCGCAGCAAUAACAGCCUCAGCGGCUCGAGUGCGUCGUUGGCCACCACAGUCGAGUCCAGUCCGCGAAAGAGUGCAUGUCGGAAGGUGAGCUUCAAGACGCACAGUGGCCAGAGCCACCACAUCCGCAAGAUGGCCAUGGGCGGGAGCAAAGUGGCCGCGCUCACGCACAGAUUCAAUCAGCUCAUCCAGCAGGACAGCGGCAUUCUCGAGGAGGUGAAGAAGAAGGGUGUUGUGGUGCAUCGGGUGGCGGGACAUGUGUACAAAAUCCGCGAGGAGUCCAUCUCGCGGAAGGGCAGUGUGAGGAGUGCGGAAGUGGCUGAGGAGAAGAGCCCGCGAAAAGUGGUGCCCAGACGGAAGGCGAGUGUUAGUCGGAAGGGCAGCAGUCGCAUUGACACGCCGAGUGGGAGUGUUAGGGCGACAAUAAAGCUCUUCGAGGCGCCCUCGCGGAGUGAAGAUGAGUUGCCGGAGGAUGCCAGAAAGAGCACAAAGCCCAAGGUGCCGGAUAAAAGUGAACAAGUGCUCCUGCGAACGCGAGAAAUUCAGCGGAAGCGUUUAAAAAUACCAGCCGACGAGAAGAUAACUGCCGAUGAGGAGGAGGAGAAGGCGGGUGAGGAGAGUGAUGAGCAUGUGCCAAAGGAUCGUGCAAUUGUGAGGAAAAUUGAUGAGCUGGAUGAGAUCGAGGAACUGGUCGAGGAGAAACCGCCACUAAAUUUGUCGGUUGUCGGAAAAAGUGAAAAUGAUGUUGAUGUACCUGAAGCGGUGGCUCCUCAGCAGACACCUGUGACCAAACUGACCACAUGCACGCUGCCCAAGAGCAAGGAGAAAUCUGUGUAUGGGCGAAUUUAUGAAAAGAUCAAGUUCAAGUCGUCUUUCCUGUACACAAAGAAGCCACGAGAUCAGCCACUCUCCACCAGUCAUGGGAGUCUGUUUGUGGACAAGAGUCCGGAUCGGAAGAUUGUGGAGGCGAUCUGUUGUGUGAAUGAGAAGAUUGAGCAUCUCUCCAAGAGCACAACGGAUCUUCCGCCCUUGGACGCGGCCACGGAUUUGCCUGAGAUCAAGCCAAAUGACUCGUUUCUGUUCCGGACGACGUCGAAGAACAGCUUUGGGGACUUGAUGAUGGAUCCACUGACUGAGGAGGAGUCCGUCGAAGCGAUAAAUCAUCAUCUGAUCAACCGAACCCAGUCACUGGAUGAGUCAAUAUUCCCUCAGGUGCUUAGCAUGCCGAAUCACUCGACGCCGUUCGAGGAGAGGCCCUACAAAGCCAUCAUCGGCGAGGCGGAUGAGCUCAUUCGGAAGAUCUCCUCCACGUAUGGGAGCUGUGAUAAGACCGAGGAUGACUAUGAGAUCAUAAAUCCGCCCAAGGAGGCACUCUACCAGACGCUCUCGGAAGUGCGCUCGGGCGCCGAGAGUGUCAACAGCUACGAGUCCUUUGACAACUACGAGGCCAUCGAUGAGCUGCGGAAGGAGGUGUCAGCCAUAGACUCGGGCUACGAAGUGUGCUCUCCGCCGGAGCCGCCGCCACCGCGAAAGCCCGAUGAUCACAGCAAGAAACUGCCCAAGGAGCCUCCAGUGCCGCAGCGAAAUCCACCCCAAAGUGUCUUCAUGGGCGCCACAGAGAAUAUCUACGACACCAUCAAGAAUGGCGACUCCACACCAUCCACCCUCAACGGCUACGAGAGCAUCAAUUCUGGCCGGCCAGACUUCCUGCGACUCAGCCAUUUGCACAUGCUGAGACACUCGGACUCGGUGUCGACGCUGUCGUCGGAUCACAAGACCAACAGUCUCUACGGCACCUCACUCAACGGCCACCCCAUCCGGCAGCCGCCGAGCGAAGGCAGCAGCGAGAACAGCGACGAGUGGAUUGACAUCUCGGACAGCGAGGAGGUCACCAAGCACAAUUUCAUCGUGAUUCGAGAGCGAACAAAGUGCCACAGAAGUCCUGACUGGAGUCGAAAGGUUCGAGACCAUCGGAUUCAGCAGCAAGAAGACAUCUUCGAUGAUGAUUCUGACCAUCACUACGAAUCUCUCUACUCAGCCAAAUUAACCGAGCCACAGACGAAACUCACCAGUCACACAAACGGCGAUACUCAGGCUAUUAUAAGCAACGCGAUGGAGAAAGAUCUGCCAGAUGAUGACUUCGACUCAUUCGACAGUGAUCCAGAUUCCGACGAUGAUAUUAAAAAGAACGACAGCGGCGUGGACGUGAGCAACACGAAGCUGCCUGAGCCGCCGCCAUCGUCCAAUCAAGUGUAUGCGUUGAUGCAGAAAUUCAAGAACUUGAGCUCACUGUCGGAGAUCUCAAAGUCACUGAGUCGCUUCACGAAGAAGAAGUCGUCGAAGGGACGCAGCGAAGCCCCAACAGUGGGCCAGAAGUAUGAGAAUACGAAGUUUUACGAUGCGCCGGAGUAUCAGAAUGUGAACUUCGACGGCACUGUGCGAAAGUCCAAAUCACCAAAGUCCAAGAAGCGCAACUCUGUCUUCUCGCUGAAGAGCGACGAUGCGUACGAGAAUACGGAAUUCCAUGCGCCAUGUCUGGCGCCAGGAAGUCACACGCAGCAAUCUAGUCUCGAUGUCGCGGAGGCCACGCGAGGGGCUGAGGAUGGACUGGAGGCGCCCGUGAAGGUGCCGCGCAAGAAGUCGAAGAACGGCAAGAGCUUCAAGUCCAAGCUGCGCAGGAGUCUCGUGUCCUCGGAGUCCACACUGAACAUUGGCAGCUCCUUCAAUGGCACGCGCAGCACGUUCUACAUCUCCGAUUCGAUGGACAUGGACUCGGGCAUCUUCACGGGCAGCGAUCGGACACUCAAGACUGACGACUUGGCGGGCAAGUCACCCUUGCAGGAGAUUGCGAAGGAGAACCGCCGCAAGAGUACGCCGUGUGGGCGGCCCCUGAACCCGCCACCGCCGCCGCCCGCCUCCUCGGCGGACAGGAAGAAGAGUCCCGGCUCCACGACGUCGUGGUACGCCGAGUGCGGCGUGUUCAAGUCCGACACGCUCAAGCUCGAGUCGAAGGGGCGCGAGAAGAAGAUCAGCGGCCGCGGCAGCACCACUUCGUGGUACGCCGAGGCGGGUCUCUAUCAGACCACAAGCGGAGACUCCGUGGCCAGCUCCAGCGGCAGUUCCGGCGUCUCCACGGGCGGCGAGUGCAACGGCGCCGACGACAACUCGCACAGCAUGUUCCUCAACGAGCCACUCUACCAAAUCUACUCGGCCGCGAAGCUGGAAUCGAUAUCGAGGGACAUUGAGGAGCAGGAUCAGAGCGACGGCUACGAGGAGAUCGGCAAGAAGGACGAGAUGGAGAUUGCGGAGAAGAAGCCGCUGAGACCAACGGCUCUGCAGCUGGUGGGACCCAGACAAGGGCCUUCGCGGACGCUCUGGAGCGAGAUUCCGGAAGUCAUCAACUCUGAAAUUCUGUCCACGCUCACGUCAACGGAGAAGCGUCUGCAGGAGGCGAAAUUCGAGAUUCUCACCUCGGAGGCGUCGUAUCUGAAGUCGCUGAAUCUCCUCAAGUCACACUUCAUGAAUGAUCCGUCCUUUAAGGAUCCCAACACACUCAGCAGCGCCGACCGGAAGACGCUGUUCUCCUACACGAUUCCCGUGCAGGAGUGCUCAGAUCGGCUGCUGUGCGACCUGGAGAAUUGCUGGCAGGACAACAUCAUGCUGCUGGGCUUGAGUCACAGUGUGUACAAGCACGCGGAGAAGUACUUCCACGUGUACGUGCAGUAUUGCGAGCACCAGGUGCGUCUGGACAGGACACUGAGGCGCCUCAAGGACGGCACGAGGAACUUCACGCAGGCUCUGGACGUGCUGGAGGCCGAUCCGGUGUGCUGCGGACUGAGUCUGCACUCCUUCCUCAUGCUGCCCAUGCAGAGGAUCACGCGACUGCCGCUGCUGAUUGACGCCGUGCUGGGCAAGCUGAAGCCGGACGACGACGAGUACGACAGCUGGAAGAUGACGCUGGCGAUUCUCAACAAGAUCGUGGCGCAGUGCAACGAGGCGGCCAACCGAUCGGAGCAGGCCUACGAGAUGCAGUACAUCUCCCGCCAAAUUGAGUUCCCCACCAGCAUCAGUCCCUUCCCCAUCGUGCCCGUGGGCAUCCCGGCGCCGAACGGCCUGUCGCGGACGCUCGUGCGUCGCGGGGAGUUGACGCAUCUCAUCUGGCGUGGUGACGAUGGGAAGCUGACGUUCGGGAAGAAGUUCAGCAAGUCCAACAUCUACGUUUUCCUCUUCACCGACAUUCUGGUGCUCACCAAGAAGAAGAGCGAUGAGAACUACUUGGUGUUCGAUCACUGCCCCAGAUCCAUGCUGACUGUGUCCUCUGGCGAUGUGAUACCUCAGCUGCCCACGAAGGAUGUCGCGCUGGCGGGAAAGCAUCUCAUCCUCAUGACUCUGCUGGAGAACCACGAGGGAAAGACUAUUGAACUGAUUUUAUCCUGCCAAUCCGAGACGGAUCGCCAGCGGUGGCUGCAAGCCACUGAGCCGCCGUCGUCGGACAAUCCGGAUGAGACGCUGUACGAGCAGUGGGACUGCCCGCAAGUGAUUGUGCGCCACGAAUAUCAGGCCACGCAGCCGGAUGAACUGUCCCUGGAUCCCGGAGACAUUGUGAACGUGACGCGGAAGAUGGCAGACGGCUGGUAUCAUGGCGAGAGGAUACGAGAUGGCACGCCCGGGUGGUUUCCAGGCAACUACACUGAGGAAGUGGCAUCUCCGCACGUUCGAGCACGCAAUCUCAAGCAACGCUACAGACUACUCACCUUCACAGCGACGUAUUUGGAGGCGCAGAAGAAGAAGUGAACAUUCCAGCACGC